UCAUACCUGAAGAAACACACACAGAACAGAAGAAAAAUACCCCCACGGAUGGAUGUGUAUGUGUGGUGUGAUGUGUAACGGUCCACCGCAACUACAGGAGUUUUGCCCCGAUUCGCCAGUGAAGGGUGCCACAUGAUGAUGUCCAUGAUGAACUCCGACGCGGAUGCAUGAGUGAGCACAUCAGCAUCGGCCGUCCAGCUGACCCCCUGCAGGUCGAUUGAGGAUCUGACGGGCGGGUUGUCGUUGAUGAUGUGAGGGUGGUAUGGGUGGGUGGGGGGGAGGGGAGGGUUGAUGGUCAGCUCGAAGCCCGGCUCGUCACGGAGGGCACGCACACCGCCGCCCGGCUGGUCGAACAGCUCAAAACGGCCGUAGUUGCCGCCGAAGUCGACGUGCCGACCGAUCAUCUUCCACAGCGCCAAAACACGCGGCUCAGCCAAAUACGCCUGCAGCAACAGACACACAACACAGCUAUUGAGCCAUCCAUCUCUCCUCGCCUUUCCCCUCCGUCCCGCCCACCUGUUUGGUGGUGUGCCUCUGGAUGUCCUCCAAACUCAUCGUCACCGGCAGAGUGCAGAAGCCGCGUUGCUCCGCCAACUUCAGCGCGUUGACCACCUCGGUCCACUGCUGCGUGUCCACCAGCCAGAUGGCCUUCACCAGCAGGUGGCCGUCCAGCUGAGCGUCGAAAGCGAUGAUGGCGUGGAGUCCCUUGGCCACGAGGCAGCGAUUGAGUCGGGUGCGGAGGACAUAUGGCGAGAAGUCGACUUCCCAGAGGAAAUGCGCUGUGGCCCUGAGGCUGCCGACCUCAAACCGGCUGCACACACAGACAUCACACACAGACCCAAGUGUGCUCAUCGUCGCAUUCCUUGCUCGUGCAGUGCUUGUGCUUCGCAUACGUGUGGAGGGCGUCCCUGUCGGCUUUGUGGAGGAAAUCGAGCGACUCGUCAUUGAUGGUGGCGCCAGAUCUGUCCGCAGUGUGGUUAUUGCCCAUCUUCCGCCGACUCGCUCGUGGAUGAAAUCAGUUACUCGGCUGUCCCAUGGGGAG